AUGUUGUCAGCAUCAUCAUUCUCGGCAUCACAACCCAAUGAUGAACAACAACAACAACAACAGCGGCAACAAUCAUCUGCGAUUGUCAUCAGCAUACGAUCAACGGAUAACAACGGUAGCAACCGCAGCAAUAACAAUAACAACAGCAGCAACAAUAACAACACUAAUGGUACCAAUAAUAAUGGUACCAUUAGUACCAGUAAUUAUACUCAGGUUAUUAAGCCAACAUGUGAAGCAUUCCAGGAAUUAAGUGAACGAUGGCCACCACCACCACCACCACCACCGCCACCACCACCACCACUACCACCACCGUCAUUAUCACUACCACCGACGGCAACUAUGCCGCAAUCGGUAUUACAACCUUAUCAACCGCAUUCUGUAACUGCUACACCAUUUCAGUUGUUAUUCCCACCACCUCAGCCAGACUGGACCACCUACCAUGAGCAUCAUCAGCAUCAUAUUCAACAGCAAUUGUUGCAGCAACAACAACAGCAACAACAACAACAACAACAACACCAUCACCAGCAAUUAUCAUUAAUGUCUAUUCCACAAGUUAUCCCGUCACAUCUUGCAAAUACCGGUGUAAUGGAAAUGAAACACGAACCGGAACGCCCGGAUGUUAUUCAACGUCUUUCCGCUGCCGCACCUUCAUCGUGGCCUUAUGCAUUUGCCCAGGAAGAUUUACCCCUUUCAUCAUCGCAACUUGCUGAUGAAACAGACUCUACUUGUUCUGAAGAUUUGGAAGCAUUUGCAAAAACGUUUAAACAACGUCGUAUUAAACUGGGUUAUACGCAAGCUGAUGUUGGUUUAGCGCUUGGCACUCUAUAUGGUAACGUAUUCAGCCAAACUACCAUUUGUCGUUUUGAAGCAUUGCAAUUAAGCUUUAAAAAUAUGUGUAAACUAAAACCAUUACUGUACAAAUGGCUUGAAGAAGCUGAUUCUACUAGUUCCUCACCCAAUAGCGCCUUUGAAAAAAUGACAGGACAGGGUGGUCGGAAGAGGAAAAAGCGAACAUCAAUUGAAGUACAGGUGAAAAGUCGCUUGGAAUAUCAUUUUCAGAAAAAUCCUAAACCAAAUGCCCAAGAAAUUGCUCAGGUUGCAAUGGAACUACAAUUGGAAAAAGAAGUGGUCCGAGUAUGGUUUUGCAAUCGAAGACAAAAAGAGAAACGAAUGACACCUCAAUAUGGUCAGGAACUUUUAUUAAAUCCUAAUAAUUAUCCACCGGAUACUUUUGUUUACACAUAG